AUGAACCGAAAAUUUAUUUUUGCAUUCUUCUUAUUGGUCACACUCACCACGGUCAAUGCAAUUCCACAUAAACUUCUUAAAAGAACCACCAAAUUUGAUGCAUGUCUCCCACCACAAGGUUCAACGACCCCACCUCCCUUACUUCAAGUGUCACUUUCACCCGAUCCUCCCGCCGCUGGACAAAAGGAUACAGUUACUGUUUCUGGAAAAUUUUCGGAAGAUAUUACAGAAGAUACCAUGCUUGCGGUUGUAUUUGCUCAGCAAGAUGUAGGAAUCAUAGGAGAUCCAUUUAUUACUCCUGCUUGUACUGGAAGUGGAUGUCCAAUUAAAGCUGGUGAACAAUAUACUCAAACGGUGGAAAUUCAAGCACCAGCCGAUUUACCUAAUCCGUACUUAUUGGGAGCUGCUGUUGGAAAUCCAGAUACACAAGAUGUUUUAGGUUGUGCAAUUGCUACUAUAUAG